GUGAGCGCGCGCGGCCGCGGUGCGCUGUGGGAUAGUGGCGGUAUAAAGUGUACGCUCGGCGCGGCCGGGGCUGAGGGGGCUGGCGCGAGCGGGGCAUGAAGAUGGCGGACGCCAAGCAGAAGCGGAACGAGCAGCUGAAGCGCUGGAUCGGCUCCGAGACCGACCUGGAGCCGCCCGUGGUCAAGCGCAAGAAGACCAAGGUGAAGUUCGACGACGGCGCUGUGUUCCUGGCCGCCUGCUCCAGCGGGGACACUGAGGAGGUGCUGCGGUUGCUGGAGCGGGGCGCCGACAUCAACUACGCCAAUGUGGACGGGCUGACCGCGCUCCACCAGGCUUGUAUAGAUGAUAACGUAGAUAUGGUGAAAUUUCUGGUGGAAAAUGGAGCAAAUAUUAAUCAACCAGAUAAUGAAGGCUGGAUCCCUCUGCAUGCAGCUGCUUCCUGUGGAUAUCUUGAUAUAGCAGAGUAUUUAAUUAGUCAAGGAGCACAUGUAGGAGCUGUAAAUAGUGAAGGAGACACUCCAUUAGAUAUUGCUGAAGAAGAGGCAAUGGAGGAGCUGCUUCAGAAUGAAGUAAAUAGACAAGGGGUUGAUAUAGAAUCAGCUCGAAAAGAAGAAGAAAGAAUAAUGCUAAGAGAUGCAAGACAGUGGCUCAACAGUGGCCAUAUAAAUGAUGUCAGGCAUGCAAAAUCUGGUGGUACAGCACUUCAUGUAGCUGCUGCUAAGGGCUAUACAGAAGUCUUAAAGCUUUUAAUACAGGCUCACUAUGAUGUAAAUAUUAAAGAUUACGAUGGCUGGACACCACUUCAUGCUGCUGCUCACUGGGGUAAAGAAGAAGCAUGUCGCAUUUUAGUGGAAAACCUAUGUGAUAUGGAGGCUGUCAACAAAGUGGGUCAGACAGCGUUUGAUGUAGCAGAUGAAGAUAUUCUAGGAUAUUUAGAAGAAUUGCAAAAGAAGCAGAAUCUGCUUCAUAGUGAGAAGCGCGAAAAGAAAUCUCCCCUAAUUGAAUCCACAGCCAACCUGGAUAAUAAUCAGACACAGAAAACAUUCAAAAAUAAGGAGACAUUGAUUAUGGAGCAAGAGAAGAAUGCAGAGUCUCUGGAGCAAGAAAAAGCAGAUGAGGAAGAAGAGGGAAAGAAGGAUGAAUCCAGUUGUUCUAGUGAAGAGGAAGAGGAGGAUGACUCAGAAUCUGAAGCAGAGACUGAUAAGACCAAAACGUUGUCAGCUAAUAAUGCAAAUACCACAAGUACACAAUCAGCAUCGGUAGCUGUGACGGCGCCUUCAGUAGCUGGUGGCCAAGGGCCACCUACAUCGCCUGUUAAGAAGUUUCCAACAUCUACAACCAAGGUUUCUCCCAAAGAUGAAGAGAGGAAAGAUGAAUCUCCUGCUUCAUGGAGGUUGGGUCUUAGAAAAACUGGUAGUUAUGGUGCACUUGCAGAGAUUACUGCUUCCAAAGAAGCUCAGAAAGAAAAGGACUCUGCAGGUGUUAUGCGUUCUGCUUCAAGUCCUAGACUUUCCUCUUCAUUGGACAACAAAGAAAAGGAGAAAGAUGGAAAAGGAACUCGACUUGCAUAUGUUGCACCUACAAUCCCAAGACGACUGGCCAGUACCUCUGACAUUGAUGAAAAAGAAAACAGAGACUCAUCUGCUAGUUCAAUACGUGGUGGCAGCUCCUACACCAGGAGAAAAUGGGAGGAAGAUGUCAAGAAAAACAGUUUGAAUGAAGGUCCUACAUCAUUAAACACAAGUUAUCAAAGAAGUGGCUCCUUUGGUAGAAGACAAGAUGAUUUGAUAAGUUCUAAUGUUCCAAGUACUGCAUCAACAGUUACCUCUUCUGCUGGUCUUCAGAAAACACUGCCUGCCAGCACAAACACUACUACGAAGAGUACAACGGGUUCUACUUCAGCAGGUGUACAAAGCAGUACCUCAAAUCGUUUGUGGGCUGAGGAUAGUACUGAGAAAGAAAAGGACAGUGUUCCUACAGCAGUGACCGUUCCUGUUGCACCAUCUGUUGUAAAUGCUACAGCCACUACCACAGCCAUGACUACAGCUACUUCUGGCACUGUGUCCUCAACAUCAGAGGUCAGGGAGAGACGGAGAUCAUACCUCACUCCAGUACGGGAUGAAGAGUCAGAGUCCCAAAGGAAAGCUAGAUCCAGGCAAGCAAGACAGUCUAGAAGAUCUACACAGGGUGUAACACUGACAGAUCUUCAAGAAGCUGAAAAAACUAUAGGAAGAAGUCGUCCCACACGAACCAGAGAACAGGAAAAUGAAGAAAAAGAAAAAGAAGAGAAAGAAAAGCAAGACAAAGAAAAACAAGAAGAAAAGAAAGAAUCCGAAACUAAAGAUGAUGAUUAUAGACAAAGAUAUUCCCGAACUGUCGAAGAGCCAUAUCAUCGCUAUAGACCAACGUCAACUUCAACUUCUUCAUCAUCCACCUCUUCACUCUCCACCUCCACUAGCUCUUUAUCAACUUCAAGUCAACUAAACAGACCAAACAGCCUUAUAGGUAUAACUUCUGCCUAUUCUCGGAGUGGAACAAAGGAAAGCGAGAGAGAAGGAGGCAAAAACGAAGAAGAAAAGGAAGAAGAUAAGUCACAGCCUAAAUCUAUAAGGGAAAGACGGAGACCAAGAGAAAAACGAAGACCUACGGGAGUUUCUUUUUGGACUCAAGAUAGUGAUGAAAAUGAACAGGAUCACCAAUCCGAUUCAGAAGAAGGAACAAAUAAGAGAGAAAGUCAGAGUGAUAGCAUUUCAAGAUAUGAUACGGGCUCCCUCAGCAUGUCUUCAGGUGAUCGCUACGAGUCAGCACAGGGACGAUCGGGAUCACAGAGUUAUCUUGAAGAUCGAAAACCGUACUCCAGUAGACUAGAAAAAGAAGAUAGUCCUGAUUUUAAGAAGCUUUAUGAACAGAUUCUAGCUGAAAAUGAAAAACUGAAAGCACAGUUACAUGACACCAACAUGGAACUCACAGAUCUUAAGCUACAGCUGGAGAAGACCACUCAGAGACAAGAAAGAUUUGCUGACAGAUCACUCUUGGAAAUGGAGAAAAGGGAAAGAAGAGCGCUAGAAAGAAGGAUAUCUGAAAUGGAAGAGGAACUGAAAACCCUGCAACAAAUAAAGCAGAUUCAAUCUUUGAGACACAUAAAUGAGCGACUGGUGACAGAGAAUAGGGCCUUGACCCGAGUGCUUGCCAAGUUGUCAGGGUCCUGUAGGCAACUGCGUUCUGUGGACUUGUAAUUUCUUCCUUCUCCUUUGUGUAGCCAGGCAGGUGUUGACAUUCAGUUUGUGCUUGGGCAGAAUUUUACUAUUAACACCUGUGUGUCAAAAACUGACUUUCUGCUUCUCAGUUCUGGAAGUGUGGCUAAAGCAUGAUGUCCAGUGUACCAACUACAGGUGUUGCAGAUGUGUUGGUAUGGUGUGGUAUUGCCCUUAUUAGCACUGAACCUUGUCCUUGAAGAUGAAUUGGCAAUGAUCCAGACCUUUGACAUUAAAACCUUGGCUACAAUUGAAAGGAUUUGAGUUUGCAUGAGCAUACACUGAAGUCAGUCCCUUAUUUUGAUGUUUGAGUAAAUGCUCAAAUAGCUUUGCCUCUAGUUUCCAACAAAUUGAAAUUAAGAUUUGAGCUUUCUUACUGCAGUUUAAGGGAAGUGCAUAGAAUUGAUACAAAUCUAGUCUUGACGAAAGAAUGUUUGAGAACUGGUUUCAGUACUGUGCAUUCAUGAACAGUUGCAUUAGCAACCUUAUUUCUUACAUGUGUGUGUUUUAGUGUUUAGGGGCAAAUCAAAGUGUUUUGUUUCAGAAAUGUGUUGGAAUUUCAAGCCAGUUAUUAGUUACACAUAUUAACUUCCCGUGUGGUUCUUGCCAAUACUUAUAUACAUCUAGACAGCUUAAAACAUCCAGUUUUUAGCACUGUUAAGUUAUUGAUUUAUAUUGCUAUAUAUGUAGGCAUUCCAGUCAUAGAUGAGAGUCCUACAGUGCAUGGGCUUUAAAAACACAGACACAAAAAAACCUGCCUAGUGUGUCAGAUUGGUUCAGUCCCCUUCUGUGAAAGGUACCAAUUGUUUUGAGUUUCAUCUUGGAAAAAAAUUCAAGUCUGUUGUUCUUAGUGUUAUUGCAGGGCUGUUACAGAAACCCACUGAAGGUUCAAAACUUCUUUGAGGAACAAAAUGUCAUUUUAUUCUACACCAAAUCUAUAUACCUUUCUUCCUCCUCUUAUAUAACAACUGUCUAGGCUGGAGGUUUCGGUGAGUUUUUAAGAUGUAUAGUUGAAAAAAAUAAAACACCUCUUGCUAAACUGCUUCCUCUCAUCUACCUACCUUCCCACUUUACAAGGAAGGCAAUGAGUGUACAUUCUGCUCAGAAUCUGAUCUCAGGUUUUCCCCACUAAGAGGCAUGAAAUAAAGAGGUUUUUUCCUUUGGCUUGGUGUCUUCCUGGAAUUGGACUAACAAUAGGAUGUGGAUAGAAAAGUUGUUCCUGGUCCAGGCCCUGCAUUCCUUAAUGUCCCCUUGUGUUAACCCUUGCUGAGCAAGUUAGCUCACUGACCUGACUGAAAACAAAUCCCUUUAUUCUUUAUAAUACUUGAUCCAUCUUACCCCAGCAUUGUUGAAUCACUAAACUAACAUGCAGAAAGCAACAGGAUCAUGCUGCUGCAUGAGGAGAGAGAGCUGUCCCUUUAGGGCAGCCUGUCUUACAUCAGCCUCAGCAAUGUGGUUUUUCAACACAGUUGAGCUAAUCUAAUGCCUGCUGUCCACAUCCAUACCAUCCUUUUUUACUAGCACUGGCAUUCCUUUAACCAUGGUAAGCCAGUUCAGGGUGUUAACCACAGAAAAAUAUUCAGUAUUCCCUUCUGUAGAGUGAGUUUUCAAUGGCAGAUCAUUGUAGAGCUUGAGGAGCCUGGGUAGUAAAAGAAAAGCAAUGGAAACAUAGGAGGAAGGCUUGACAAUAUGAUAGUAGCUUAACCACAGCAGCGUGUCUGAGUAAUCUAAGCAGGUACCUUCACAGUUCAUGAGUUUUUUGUAAUCUUUAUUCACCAAGCUGUUUUGUAUGUAAAAACUGUUAAAUCCUCCAGCAAACACAGACAUUAUUACUGUAUAGAUCUGAGUUGGCUCCACAUAUGUCAAGCGAUUAUUGAAUAAUCAUUUGCUCAAUGACAGCACUGCAAAGUUAGUAGCUAGUCAUACGAUACAGAUAGGCAAAAUAGCGCAUUUUUAAUCUUAGUCAAGAAUCUCAUCACAAGAAGAUACUUCACAAUUUUAGUGAGUAACACAUUGGAAUUCAGAGUGUUAAGUGCAGUGUAUACCUAUAAUUUUACUGAAUUUACUGCAAAGGGGACUGUUUCCUGCCUCUUGACAUUAAAAGUGUAUCUUGUCAUCUCAGGAGAAGUUUGAGUACCAUAGAAAUGCACUGCUCCAAGAAAAUGAUGUGAUUUUGCUAGGUUUAAAGUAUGUGGGGAUUACUACAGAUAAGAAGCGUAAAUAUUUUAGGUUAGUUGUGCUUAUCCUUCCCGAUGACUCUCCUGUUAUUCAUAGAAUCAUUUAGGUAGGAAAAAACCUCUUGAGAUCAUCAAGUCCAAUCAUUAGCCCAGCA